UCAACAUCAAGCCCCACCACAACCUCAACUCCCAGCACAACAUCAAGCCCCACCACAACCUCAACUCCCACCACAACCUCAAGUCCCACCACCACGUCAGGCGCCACCACAACCUCAAGUCCCACCACCACAACCUCAAGUCCCACCACCACAACCUCAAGUCCCACCACCUCAACAUCAAGCCCCACCACAACCUCAACUCUCACCACAACCUCAAGUCCCACCACCACGUCAGGACCCACCACAACAUCAGUUCCCAUCACAACGUCUGGCCCCACAACCACGUCGGACGCCACCACAACCUCAAGUCUCACCACCACAACAUCAAGCCCCACCACCACAACAUCAAGCCUCACCACCACAACAUCAAGCCCAACAACCACAACCUCAAGUCCCACCACCACAACGUCAAUUCCCACCACAACAACCUCAAGUCCCACAACAACCACAAGUCCCACAACAACCUCUAGCCCCUCCACUACAACCUCAAGUCCCACUACCUCUUCAGGCCCCACCACAACAUUAAGAACCAUCACCUCAACAUCAAGCCCCACCAAAACCUCAACUCCCACCACAACCUCAAGUCCCACCACCACGUCAGGACCCACCACAACUUCAGUUCCCAUCACAACGUCUGGCACCACAACCACGUCGGACACCACCACAACCUCAAGUCUCACCACCACAACAUCAAGCCCCACCACCACAACAUCAAGCCCAACCACCACAACCUCAAGUCCCACCACCACAACCUCAAGUCCCACCACCACAACUUCAAGUCCCACCACAACAACCUCAAGUCCCACCACCACAACAACAAGUCCCACCACAACAACCUCAAGUCGCACCACAACAACAUCAAGCCCAACCACCACAACAUCAAGCCCCACCACCACAACAUCCAGCCCCACCACCACGUCACGUGCCACCACCAUGUCAGGCGCCACCACAACCUCAACCCCACCACCACAACACCAAGCCCCACCAUCACAACCAGAAGUCCCACCAAAACGUCAAGCCACACAAAAUCAAGUUCAGAGGAGGAUUCUACUGGCGAAUCACAAGAAAAAAGCACUAAGUCCCACCACCACGUCAGGCGCCACCACAACCUCAAGUCUCACCACCACAACAUCAAGCCCCACCACCACAACAUCAAGCCCAACCACCACAACCUCAAGUCCCACCACCACAACUUCAAGUCCCACCACAACAACCUCAAGUCCCACCACCACAACAACAAGUCCCACCACAACAACCUCAAGUCGCACCACAACAACAUCAAGCCCAACCACCACAACAUCAAGCCCCACCACCACAACAUCCAGCCCCACCACCACGUCACGUGCCACCACCAUGUCAGGCGCCACCACAACCUCAAGUCUCACCACCACAACCUCAAGUCCCACCACAACAACAUCAAGUCCCACCACCUCAACAUCAAGCCCCACCACAACCUCAACUCCCAGCACAACAUCAAGCCCCACCACAACCUCAACUCCCACCACAACCUCAAGUCCCACCACCACAUCAGGCGCCACCACAACCUCAAGUCCCACCACCACAACCUCAAGUCCCACCACCACAACCUCAAGUCCCACCACCACAACUUCAAGUCCCACCACCACAACAUUAAGUCCCACCACCUCAACAUCAAGCCCCACCACAACCUCAACUCCCAGCACAACAUCAAGCCCCACCACAACCUCAACUCCCACCACAACCUCAAGUCCCACCACCACAACUUCAAGUCCCACCACCACAACCUCAAGCCCCUCCACGACAACAUCAAGUCCCACCACCACAACCUCAAGUCCCACCACCUCAUCAGGCCCCACCACAACAUUAAGUCCCACCACCUCAACAUCAAGCCCCACCACAACCUCAACUCCCAGCACAACAUCAAGCCCCACCACAACCUCAACUCCCAACACAACCUCAAGUCCCACCACCACGUCAGGCGCCACCACAACCUCAAGUCCCACCACCACAACCUCAAAUCCCACCACCACAACCUCAAGUCCCACCACCACAACCUCAAGUCCCACCACCACAACUUCAAGUCCCACCACAACAACCUCAAGUCCCACCACCUCAACAUCAAGCCCCACCACAACCUCAACUCCCACCACAACCUCAAGUCCCACCACCACAACCUCAAGUCCCACCACCACAACCUCAAGUCCCACCACCACAACCUCAAGUUCCACCACCAAAACUUCAAGUCCCACCACAACAACCUCAAGUCCCACCACCUCAACAUCAAGCCCCACCACAACCUCAACUCCCACCACAACCUCAAGUCCCACCACCACAACUUCAAGUCCCACCACCACAACCUCAAGUCCCACCACCACAACCUCAAGUCCCACCACCACAACUUCAAGUCCCACCACAACAACCUCAAGUCCCACCACC